GAAGAAAGACCCUAAUUUUUUAUAUUUGGAUUUGUAUCGAUGGCUUCGUUGCUGGCUCGCAAGUCCUUCAAUGCUCUCCGAGCUCGACAUCUCGCUUUUUCAGGGCAAGCUUUACAGGGAUCUCAUCUCUGUUUGCUACAGUCUCGUGCUAUAUCUUAUGGAAGCAACAAAGAUGAUAGAGAAGCUGAGCAGCUUGCUAAAGAGAUCUCCAAGGACUGGAGUACUGUCUUUGAACGGAGCAUCAACACCCUUUUUCUCACUGAAAUGGUCAGGGGUUUGUCGCUGACCCUCAAGUACUUCUUUGAUCCCAAAGUUACAACACACGACUUCAUCGAGACUUCAUCGAGACUUCAUCGAGACACACCAAACCCUGUGAGCUGUGACACACGACUCCAGUCCUCAAAGUCUAUCGUGAUGGAUUCAAGUGAUUCGUAUGAUCUGAGAUCAAUAGACUUAGAGUCUCAAAGAGUAAUUGAUACUGCAAACGCUGAAGAAGAACAGAAUAUGUUUGAUGGAGCAGAGCCAUCUACAAGUCGUAAGAGAGCAGCAAUUCAUAUUGAUGUAGAUGAUGUUGAAAAGGACAAAGGAAAGACAGCAUCAUCAGUACCGAAGAAGAGAAAGCAGAAUAAGUUUGAUGGAGAAAAAUCUGGUAAAAGGGCUGCAAUUGAUAUCGAUGAUGAUGAUGAUGAUCUACAUGACAAUGUCGUAGGAGAUAAAGGAAAAGGAAAAGGGAAAGCAACAGAACCGACAAAGAGAAAGCAGUAUUCAGAUUGCUGGGAGCAUUUUACAGUGGUUAAGAAGACUAUUAAUGGAAAACUUCAAGACAGAGCGGAAUGCAAUCACUGCAAGAGGGAUUAUGCCUACAAUUCACACAAGAAUGGUACAAAUUCUUACAAACGCCAUAUGGAAACCUGUAAGGUUCGGCUUAGUAAGGUUGAUAUUAGUAAAGUGAUGCUCAACUCCGAGGCAAGACUACAAGCUAGGAAGAUAGAUCAUAUGGUUUUUCGUGAAAUGGUAGCUAAGUGUAUCAUUCAGCAUGAUCUCCCAUUUGCCUAUGUUGAAUAUGAGAGAGUUAGAUCAGUCUGGAAGUAUUUGAACGCAGAUGUGAAGUUUAUAAGCAGGAACACAGCUGCAGCAGACGUUUACAAGUUCUAUGAGACUGAGACUGAGAAUUUAAAGACAGAAUUAGCUAACCUUCCAGGGAGGAUUAGCUUUACUUCUGAUUUGUGGACUGCAAUCACUCAUGAGGGCUACAUGUGUCUAACAGCACACUAUGUUGACAGGAACUGGAAAUUAAACAGCAAGAUUCUUGCUUUCUAUGCUUUUCCGCCUCCACAUUCAGGUAUGAACAUAGCAAUGGAAAUUCUAGAGAAGUGGAAGGAUUGGGGAAUUGAGAAAAAAGUGUUUUCCAUCACGUUAGACAAUGCUACUAACAAUGACACAUCACAAGAUAUUCUGAAAUCUCAGCUUAUGUUGCGGAAUGAUUUGUUGUGUGGAGGAGAGUAUUUUCAUGUGCGAUGCGCAGCACAUAUUCUCAACAUCAUUGUUCAGAUUGACCUGAAAGAUAUAGGUGAUACAUUGGAAAAGAUCAGAGAGAGUAUUAGAUAUGUACAAGCUUCUGGAAAACGUGAGGUAUUGUUUGCAAAGUGUGUUGAAGCAGUUGGUCUACAGUUGAAAGCGGGCUUGAUUAUGGAUGUGAAAACUAGAUGGAACUCAACAUACAAGAUGCUUGAUAGGGCUCUCAAGUAUCGAGCUGCCUUUGGUAAUCUCAAAGUCAUUGAUGGGAGAAACUACAAGUUUCACCCUACAGAAGCUGAAUGGCACCGAUUGAAACAGAUUUGUGAGUUUUUGGAGCCUUUUGAUGAAAUCACUAAUCUGAUCUCAGGUUCAACAUAUCCAACUUCAAACUUGUAUUUCAUGCAAGUUUGGAAGAUCAACAAUUGGUUGAUAUCGAAUUCACAGAAUCAAGAUGAAGUCAUUAGAAGUAUGAUUGUUCCAAUGAGAGAAAGGUUUAAUAAGUAUUGGGAAGAGGUUAGUGAUGUCUUUGCAAUGACUACAGUGUUUGAUCCAAGGUUGAAACUAACACUGGUCAAUUAUUGUUUUGAAAAGAACGAUAAGGGUUCUGCUGAGAUAAAGAUUAAACAUUUGCGUGGUAAGCUUGCUACUCUUUUUGAAUCUUAUGAAAAUAAGUCCAUUUUCACAUCAUCUUCUACAGAGACACGUGAAACUAAUCAUCAAACUGAUGAGAAUGAAGGAAAAAAAGGGAGUUUUGGCAACUAUGAUGAUUUUAUUAAUUUCCGCAAACAAACUGUUGUUACUAGUGGAAAGUCUUCUUUGGAAAUGUAUCUAGAUGAUCCGGCGAUAGACAUGAUAGAGUAUGAGAGUUUGGAUAUUUUAAAAUAUUGGAAAGAUAACUCUCAGCGGUAUGGAGAACUAGCGUCAAUGGCUUGCGACCUCCUUAGUAUACCAAUCACAACAGUAGCAUCUGAAUCUUCUUUUAGUAUUGGAGCUCGAGUUUUGAACAAGUACAGAAGCCGUCUUCUCCCAAAGAAUGUUCAAGCACUAAUAUGCUGCCGCAAUUGGUUAAAAGGUUUUGAAGCCUAUGAAAAUGAGGAGGAUGAAGAAUUUGAUGAAGAUGAGACAUUCCCUUCUUUCCAAUCCAUUGUUGAUGAUGAAGCUUGAUUUGGUUGAAGAGACAUCUAGACCUUGAGAUUUAUGUUUUCAGCUUUCCAUUUCAUUU